AUGGCAAACUGCACACCGAUGUUUCCUGUAACGAAGACCCAUCCGAUGGCAGCCCCAAAUGAACCUAUCCACGGCGGCUCUUCCACGUCUGGUCUUGACCUGGUCCAUGGCUGGGUCGGGUCACCCAAUAUCCGUGGGACGGCCGACAUCGUCAAGAGCUGUGUUGUGACGCUGGGACUCUGCAGCUGGUCCGUACUAUGCUUGAACGUCCCUGAUCCCACGGACACGGUGCGUCGCUGUGGUUUCCUCCGAGUGAAGCUAUGGUGGACCAUGGUGGCGUUGGUAUUCCCCGAGGUCGUCACUGGCGUUGCUGGCGAGCAGUGGCGGGCCGCGACUCAAUGCAAAGAAGACUUUGUCGCGAUGGGUUUCGCAGACUGGUCGAUGAGGAUGGCCUUCUUCGCAAACAUGGGUGGCUUCAUGCUGAAGGCGCCCGACUUCCCCGAGUUCCCCAUCAACGGCCAGCAGCUUGCAUAUCUCAUCCAGCGAAAGUAUGUGGCUCUACCCGACUCGAUCGACUCUGCCAUCCGAGACAAGAACAAGGCUGAUGGCUUUGCCCGGAUGGUCACCGUCGUGCAAAUGGUGUGGUUCAUGCUGCAGUGUCUGGGUCGCGCAUUCCAGAGCCUGGGGCUCUCGACUCUCGAGCUCACCGUGGUGGCGAACAUCUUCGGCACCAUCUGUUCCUUCGCAUUCUGGGCCCACAAGCCCCUCGACGUCGAGAGCCACGUCGUCCUGACCACGACCACACCAAUGGCCACCAUCCUCGUCGAAGCCGGCGACGUCGCCUGCAAGCCCUACUCACGGACUCCCCUCGACUUUGUCAAACCCGCCCGGACCCGACCGAACCUCACGACAACCUGCUGGCUGGGAGUGCAAACCAUGUUCAACGCCGAACGCGAUCCUCCCGGCCGCCCCAUCCGCUCCAUCGGCAACACCGAAACCCUUCCGGCGGGGAGCUACCACAAGUGGGACGUGUGUUUCUUCGUCCUGUUCCCGCUGCUCUUCUUCGGUCUGCACGGCGUGGCCUGGUGGUUCACUUUCCCGACCCCCGUCGAGGCGCUGCUGUGGAAGAUCGCGACCGUGUCCCUCCUCAGCAUCAACGUCCUGCACUACGGCCUCGUCUACACGUACAUCUACCACCCGAAGGAGAUCGGCAUGGCCGUCGCCGGCCGCCCUACCAGGGACAUCUGGGAGUUCUACGAGGUGGCUCCGCGUUGGCUGAUCUACAGCAGCCACUGGUUCGGCAUGUUGAUCUACAUGUUUGCCCGCCUGUACAUCCUGGUCGAGGGGUGGAGUGGCCUGAGGAGCCUGCAGAGCCGACUGUACCGCAGUGUAGACUGGUCGAAUUAUAUCCCCCAUUACUGA